AUGCCGAAUGGAAUAUCCGAUCCAGAAUCGAGAAUCCAACACCUUACCGGCUUUCCAUCUCUUGCGCACUUCGUUGCAAGUGACCGAGAUCGCACGACGCUAUUGUACAAACGUUUUGACGAGCUUGCUGCCAGAAAUCUGCUCUACUUGCAAAGUGAGCUCGCAGAGCUUGAGGCAAAACAACGCGCGUUCGACCAACAAGACCUUAUAGCCGACCUUGAGACAAAGCAGUGUGCUCGGAAUUUCGCAGACUUCCAGAAAGCAGCGCAGGCAAAACAUACUAUACAAGAAGAGCGAUGGCAGCUGAUGAGAGAAAUCCGCGAGAAGCUGAAAGAAUACCGAGAGGCGUUGUUGUUCGAGAGUACUUUAGCAACACUUCCAAGACCACCGAAAGGAGUUUUGCGUGCCUUUCGAAGUGUAUUCUACAACGAAAGCUAUGGCAAAAGCGAAGCUUUUCCUACCCUUGGUGGACACAGCGCUGGGUUGUACGAUGACAUCGACGACCUUGUCGCAUUACGAGUGCAUGAUGACCAAGACCGGCUGACCAUCUUUGCACAGAAGCAUCUAGCCUUCCUAUUUCCAGAUCGCAAACGUUCAGGAAACGGUAUUGCGUACGCUUCCGACCGCGCCAUCAGCUCUUUCGUGGCCUGGUUCAGCACAUUCCUUGCAGCACUCCUCCUCAUUGGCGCCAUUGUCGUGCUUUACAAAGUGACGUCUCCGAACUGGAGACUGGGCUUGAUAGCAACUUUCACCAGCUUGUUCGCUGGUAGCGUAGGUCUCUUAACGAAUGCGCGAAGAGCGGAACUGUUCGCGGCAACAGCAGCAUACGCAGCGGUCCUCGUAGUCUUCGUAAGCGGAGAUCUAGGAAACAGUCAAUCAAGCACGGCGCCACCAGGCUAG